AUGAACGGAUGCGGCGGAGAAGAAGCUGUCCAGAGAAUCCUUACCUUGGGUCUGGCUUGUAGCAACAAGUGGCUGGACGACAACACUUUCACCAACAAGUCUUGGUCUGAUGUCACGCUCCUCCCUCUGGCCGAGAUCAACAGCCUCGAGCUCUAUGCUCUGGGUCCGCUCAAGUUUGACCUCUCGAUCAGCGUCAUGGAAUGGGACGAAUGGCUCUGUACUGUCAAUCAAGGCUUGACCCCGUUCGUC